AUAACUUAGUUUUAUAUUCCAUGACAGUUUGUGAACACAGUUGGUAAUCGUGUGACAACACGUAACUCCUAGAAGAAAGCGACCGUGUUUUUUACCCAUUAUUAUUAUUAUGCGUCUGUCUCCUUUCAACGCUAUAAAACGGAGUUGUAUCGGAAUAACGCGCGUUUCCAGAUGAAAAUUUUGACGGUGUAAUAUUAAAUGUUUUAAAUUGCGAUUGUGUUUUAUUCUAUUAAAAAUGUGUUGUAAACAAUUUUUGUUCAGUGUUUAACUAUAGCUUGGAUUAUUUUCUAUUGACGGUCCUCAUGGUAUUAAGUUAAACAACAUCAUUCUAAACGGGUGGCGGGCGACAUAUGAUGUAAACACCGUUGAUCUAAUGAGUACUGAAAUAUUGUAAGUACGGUGUGCAGCAAUAUAUAUUGAAACAUUUAUUAUCAGGAUAUAAUUCCAUUGAGGCAAAUGUGACUAAAAUACCGUCAUUACGGAUGAACGGCCUCCGAAUAAGCCUCUCCGGUGUUUUGUCAUGGCAUCUAUAUUCGUGCGAGUGGACGUGAAAAGGCGGAAAUUGUUUGUUAAAAUAAUAUUUUCGUCUAUGAAAUCGUCUGCACACGAGCCUUCCUUGUUAGCAAUUACCUUACGCAAAGUUCGGAUGUACAAGGAACCAACCAUGGAUGACAACCCACCAUUGAAAAAUGGUGAUCCCAUUGAAUUUUCAUCUGAUGAUAUUCUUGGCGUUAUGAAAAAUAUAUCUUUAGUCAAAAACGGAUUAAUGCCAUAUGAAAGUGAAUCUGAACAAAUUGAAAUAGGCAAUGGUGAUACAGAUGCCAUGUUCACUAUUGGAGAUAAUGAUUUAAGCUCUUUUGAAAGAGAUCUUUUAGAUAAUGUUAUUGGAAUGGCUGAAGAAGAAGUAGUUACACAAUAUGAUGAUACUCCAACUGUGAAAGAAAAUUUCAACAAAUAUAUGAACAAAGGAAAAGUAUUAAGAGAACGACUUCAAAAAAUAGUUUCUAAAUUGCAAAACAUACAGUUAAAAACUAUGGGUAAGUGUUCUACUCAAGAGAUUUAUAAUUUAUUACAAUCUCAAAAGAGUAGUGCCAUUAAGAAUAUCAAAACAACUUUACUUAAAGUUCAGAAACGGCAGUCAAAUCCAUUUUUAAAGAGUUUAUUGUGUGAUGAAAUUAAAGAUGGUGAAAAAGUCUUUGGAUUAUUAGAGUCACAAAUUAAAACUUUAAAUGAAGAUUAUGAUUCUGAAGCAACAGCUAGUGAUUCUGAAACUGAUACAUUAGGUGAAACUAGUGAAGAAGAAAUUCAAGCUACAAGUUACCCUAUUGAAAAUCGAAAUGCAUGGAAAUGGUUCCACGAAAGAGCGGGAAUAGCAUAUCGACUAACUUGGUUAGUAAAUGUUAUGUCUGAUAUGGAAUUUAAAAUUAAUUUUUAUAAUGAAGCAUUAAAUCGUUAUACUACACGUUCAUUUACUCAAGAUCAAGAAGAGGAUACUGCAAGAAGAGUUCAUCCUUAUGAACCCAAAAUACAGCAUAGAAUGCUAACCCAACCACCUUUAAUUAACUUGGCAGCUGCUUGGAAAAAAGGUGACAAAGCCAAAUUUAAUCUUAUAAACCCCUGUGACUGUUAUGGUAUUGACUCCUGUCCAACUUGUAUAAGCCUUACUCACCAUACAAAUAAUUCAGCACAUCGUUUCAGUGCAACUUUUCAUCCUGUUCUCUCUGAUUCAAAGAAUACCUCAUUAAAUGUUGCUUUAUCUAAUGAACUAGGCAAAUUAUCAUUUCACCAAAAACAAAAGAAUAAAUCAAAAUCGAAUACGGAUUUUAGUAAAUUUUUUAUGGAUAGAUCAUCUGAACCAAGUCCUACCACAAGACCCGUUCAACCAGUAAAGUUACAAAAUGCUUGGCCAAAUCGAAAUGAUCCAAUUACUAAAUUUAAUCGAAAUCAAAGGCAAGCCAGAAAAAGAAGACGAAUGAGGUAUGGUAAACAUAAAAGGAGCAGGUUAGAUGAUGAUUAUAAAUAUAGCAGUCGAAGAAGUAGUGAAAGUAUUUGUGAUGAUGAAGAUCUUGAUGAUGUUUAUGAAGAUGAUAACUAUGACUCGGAUCCAGAUUAUAGUCCUUGGUUUCCAAGAACUGGAGACAAGACUUAUAAUGCUAAGCGUGAAUAUGAUAUUGACAACAUUGUUAUACCUUAUAGUAUCGCAGCUGCUUCUAGAGUAGAAAUGGUUAAAUAUAAAGAAAUAGUUACACCCAAAUGGCGUGUAGUUGAAGAAUUGGACAUAGAUCCUACUGAAUUUGCUGCUAGUGUUCCUGACCCAGAACCUGAAGUAGUUGAUGAUUUAGAUGAUGGAAAACGUAAUGCCCACCAUGAAGCAUGUGAGAUGGAGGAACGAAAGAGAUUUAGAACAAUGAAAAAACAAUCUGAACGAACUCACAAAAAUAGUGGUCAUUGUAGCAGUGGUGAAAAUACUUCUGAAGCUAUGUCUCCUUUGUUUGAAAAUCGAUCUCCUAUGCCUACAGUUGAAGAAGAACCAGAUGCAGGCCCUAGCAAUCAAGAUUGGAAUCCAUAAAUUAAUAUUAUUUAUAAAUUAAAAAUAAAUAUCGUGUAUUGAAAUUUGUAAAAACCAAAGUUUGUAAGCUUAGGUUAGUUACACAUAAAUUAGUUGUCAUACUUAAGUAUAUUAUUUUUAUAUAACUGAAACUAAUGUAAAAUAUGUUUUCUUUAUAUUGUUGUAUUAUACAAGUUGUAUGAUAAAAUAUAGCCUGGUAACAUUUACUUUUA